AUGCUUCUUCUGACCCUACUCCUGUUCUUGACUGCUAUUCCAGACCUGUCUCUAGGAAAGAGCGGCAUCUCCCUAGAGCUUCAGAAGGAAAUUGUGGACAAACACAAUGAAAUGAGGAGAAACGUGCAACCAACCGCCAGCAAUAUGCUGAAAAUGACGUGGAAUGAGAAACUUAGUGAUGGUUCUAAAAGAUGGAAUGACGAAUGUCAGACAAAAACCAUUCCCCCAGAAGAGAGAAUGCUUGAUGGUGUAAUGUGUGGUCAGAAUACGUUCCAAGCAACUUUACCCGCCUCCUGGCCAAAAAUACUUGACUACUGGAAAAGUAAAAGUCGUCUUUUCAAGUAUGGCGUUGGGCCUCUUGACCCCCAAAAACCCAUUUACAGAUAUACACAGGCCAUUUGGUAUCGCUCCCACCAGAUUGGAUGCUCUGUUUCUCAGUGCCCAGCCUAUAGGCAGAAGUACCUCUAUAGCUGCCUGUAUUGCCCUGCAGGGAACAUAUUCAGCCGAAAAACCAAACCCUACAAAGAAGGCCCGCCUUGUGGAGACUGCCCUGACCACUGUGAGAAUAAACUCUGCACCAACCCCUGCGAGAAUAGGGAUCAAUUUCUAAACUGUGCUGAACUGAAAAAACAGGUGGGCUGUGAAAAAGCCAACAGUACUGGGAAGUGCCAAGCCACCUGCGAUUGCCAAAACAAAAUUAACUAA